CAGCCGCAUUUCACAACCCACAACUGAUAACACCGCCACGGCACCACACGUAGAGUUAUCAUCCCCGCCACGGUAUGGUACGGCAGAUAAUGAGGGUAUUAAAGUGAUUAUUGGCCGAGUCCUCUCCUUAGUUGAAGGUCAGCUUCUCUGUGGCAGACAGUAAGGAGGGAGCGAGGAAAGGUGGAGACAACUGGGGAAGGUUAAAUACUUUCGGAGACAGCUGACCUAAGACAAGAAAAAGACCCUCAACAUCCCAUGGAGAUGACGUCACACCCUCGCUUCAGACCGGAAAUCCCCGCUCCUCCUCCGAGACCUGACCCCCAACAUGCCGUGACCUCGAAUGACCCCUUCCGUGACCUAGAACGGAAGGAGAAGGUGGUGAUCCUGGGAAGCGGCGACAUGUGUUUGGGUUUGUCUGUGGCGUUGAGGCGAGCGGGGUUGCAGGCCGUGGCGGGGAGCAGGACGCCAGAGAGUGCCAGGAUCCGCUUAAGAUCAACGGGGCUGCAGGUGAAAUCGCUGACGGAGGCGCUGAAGGAAGGAGAGGUGGUCCUAGUGACGAUCCCUGCGGAACACCACGACUCCCUCCCUCGCCACCUGCUCGCCGGGAAGAUCGUGGUCGACGUCAGCAACAGACCCCCCGACAGCCCCGUCGGGCCGAGAGCGUGGCAGAGCGCCUGCAGGAGUGCCUUCCGGAGAGCCCACGUCGUCAAGGCCUUCAACACGCUGUCCGCCUUCGCCCUCCAGCAGGGGGACGUCAGGGGCAGCAAGGAGAUCCCAAUUAGCAGCGACAACGCCCGUGCUCGCCGCCUGGUGUCAGAGCUCGUGCGAAACAUGGGUUUACAUCCCGUAGACUUCGGCGCGUUGAGGGCGGCCCGUGAGAUCGAAGAAAUCCCGUUUUCUUUCUUCCGGGAAUGGAAGGUGGCCGGCUACGUGGCUCUCCUCGUUUUCUUUCUGUUCUACUUGCUUUUGUUCAUGAGGAGACAGAUAUGCCCGAAUCUGGACAGUACGGACGGCUGGAAUUGGAAUCGAUUCCAGACAUUCCCGUUGAAGAAUGGCAUGCUGGCCUUCGCUCUCUCUGGAACCGUCAUGUUGCUGCUCUGCUAUGUGCCAGGUACCAUAGCGGGCUACCUGCAGCUGUACAGAGGCACCAAGUACUCCACGUUCCCCAGCUGGCUCGACAGGUGGCUGAAGUCUCGAAAACAGAUGGGACUGCUGGCGCUCUUCAUGGGGUCUCUUCACGGUUGCAUGGCUGUAUUUACUCAAAUCGACGAAGGAAUGGCCGAACCAGCGCGUUGGUCUCAGCAGCUCUUCAUUGCUCUUGGCAUAGUCCUACUAGGAGUCCUGGGUGUGUUAGGCGUCUCCUCGCUUCCCUCCGUCUCAGCAGGACUCACCUGGAGGGAAUUCAGCUUCCUACAGCGUUACUUGGGAUGGGCUUCGGUCCUUCUUGUCACGGGUCACGCCUUCUUCAAGGGUUACACGAAGCUGCUCGUCCCGCGUUUCGAGUGUGUCGUUCUGGCGUCCGAAACACAGAUCAUCGUGUUCUUGUGCUUCCUCACCGUUCUGCUCAAAGUGCCCCUCCUCAUACCCUGUGUCCACUCACGCCUCAUGAAAGUCCGGAGGGGGUAUGAGAGGAUGCCCAACGGAUCGCCUGCUUAGUGUGGAUAGACAUGUGGAUAAUUUUUUUUUUUUUUCGUUUUUUCUUUUUUUUUCUUUUAUUCUUUUUUCUUUUUUGUUUUUUUUUUCUUUUCUUUUCUUUUUUUGUAGAAGGGAAGGAGAUGCUAGUUUAUGGUUAUAUUUUUUAUCUUUUUCUUCUUUUGAGAUAAGAGACGACUCGCAAAUAUCUAUCUUUUUCUUUCUUUAUAUAUAUUUUUUUUCUUUCUUUUCUUUUAAGGAACGAUUUGUAAGUUUCUGUUUUCUUUACAAUUUAUUUAUUUUUUAUUCUUUUUUUUUCUUACUGUCAGUGAGGGUCUGAUUAGAACAUGUAGCCUUUGUUAAGAAAGCAAAGAAGGUCACGAAUAGGGUUCUUAAACUUGAACAAAGAAAGCUGGUAAGAAAUUAACACAAUCAUUGUGAUAAUUGUUAAUCAAAAGCAUAAUUGGCGUCAUUAACUUUAUUUUGGAGUGGUAUUAAUGAGGUAAAUGAUAGUAGGUUCAUAUAGAUAAGAUUUUAUGUGGCAGGAGACAGUCUUAACUAUAGAAGGUUAGUGUUUGAUAUAUUAUAAGAUACGAACUAGUCUGCUUACUAAGAAUUAAUUGCAGAUUAAGUUCAGAACACUAUGGACUGUAAUAUAAACUCAACAGUCUAACUACAGAUAGUUAACUGUAGAAUUAUAGCCCUAUAGUUUUUAGCUCGAUAUGAAGCAGUCUAACUGUAGAAGGUUAACUGUAAUCUCAAAAUGAUAUUUAAUAUUUCAUAUGAUAUAAAUCAGUCUGCUUAUAGAGCGUUGACUGAGAUUAAGUUAAGAACAUUUUGGAUUGUGUUUAUAAUAUAAGUUCAACAGUCUAGCUGCAGGUAGUUAACUGUAAAAUCAUAGCACUAUAGUAUUUUUUUUUACGCGAUAUGAAACAGUCUAGCUGCAGAAAGUUAACUGUAAUCUCAAAUUGACAUCUGGCAUUUUUUUAUAUGAAUCAGUCUGACUGUAGAGUGUUAACUGUUCAAUAUGCCCAGAACAAUAAUAUUUGUAUGUGUUGACAUAAGACUAACAGUCAAAAAGAGUCACUUGAUUAAGGAAAUUAUAGACUCUUAAGUUUUAUGAAGUCUUUUACGUGACAUGACACAGUCUGACUGUAGAGUUAACUGUAAUGAAAGUCAUGAUCAUGAUCUGUGAUAGCAGUGUGACUGUAGAUAGUCAACUGCAACUUCAAAAGCAUUUUCCGUAAAAUCUCAUAGACCAGUCUCACUACAGGAAGUGAACUGUAAUCUGAAGUUUGUGUAUACGUUGUGCUUGCAGUCUAACACACGCGUUAACUGCACACAACCUUCGUAAAAUUGGGAUCUCUUAUUUGCAGUUGAGUUCGUGCAAGGGCUAACUGCUUGUACAAAUUAGUUUAAGAUUUAUUUGGUACGGUACAGGAGGAAGAUACAUCCUGUUUGGUUGGAUUUUUUUUAUACCUUUUUUGGAUGAAUAAGGUGCUGAAAAUAGGAUAGGCCUAUGUACGCAUGUGUUGUUAUAUAUGUAAUGUCCUUUUCCAGAAGCAUAAUAACUAAAUGGAUGAUAAAAAAAGUCCCUUUAAUCUACCAUUUUGUUAACAGUUAUUUGUGUCAAGUAGUAGGAAUGUAUAGUUUAUAUGCGUACAUCUUACAAAACGCUUAAGCAUUUUCGCAUACCACAAGAAGAAAAAAAAACAGAAUUUAUUGCAGUUAUAUAACAUUCUUCAAGUUAAAUUAUCAUGUCAGUUUUGUUUCAGUUAAAAAAAAAACAGGUUAAGAGCUUGAAAUUGAAAUAUGUUACUGUACUGUACACAAGUAUUAUAAUACACGUUUAUACAGCAGAAA